UUUAUUGAAGAGAAACUGCUCUCUCAACAGCUUCUUGUGUACAAACAUACCGUACAUAGUUCCAGGAACUAGGAGCCCUCCUAUAAUAUCUCUUAAUAUCUGUUUGUUGUCGUUGAUUCUUACUGCAAUAGAUGAUGGAGAUCCGAAGCAGCACGAACUACAUUUGGAACAUUAAAGAUGUUCUGGGGCAAGGUGCAACGGGAGCCGUUUACAAGGGAAGACACAAGAAAACUGGCGAUACGUAUGCAGUAAAGAUUUCAAACCAGCUAGGAAUGAUGAGACCGGUAGAGGUGAGGAGAAGAGAAUUUGAAGUCCUUAAUAAGCUGAAUCAUGAGAACAUCGUCAAGUUAUUUGCAAGCGAAACGGAGCUCAGGUCUCAGAAUGAAAUCAUUGUCAUGGAGCUUUGUUCUGGAGGAAGUCUGUUCACCUUGCUUGAAAAUCCUGCUAAUGCUUAUGGCUUCACAGAGGAUGACUUUAAACAAGUGGUUAAAGAUGUUGUUGCAGGAAUGAAGCACUUACGAGAACAAGGCAUGGUCCACAGGGACCUCAAGCCAGGCAACAUCAUGCGAGUGGUGAAAGAUGAUGGAAGCUUUGUCUACAAAUUAACUGAUUUCGGAGCAGCAAGAGAGCUGGAAGCUCAUGAAGGCUUUAUGUCUGUUUAUGGUACUGAGGAAUAUUUGCAUCCAGAUCUUUACGAGAGAGGUGUGCUAAGAAAGCAUGGCAACAAAGCUUUUGGUGCAAUGGUUGACUUGUGGAGUAUUGGAGUUACUUUUUACCAUAUUGCCACUGGACAGUUACCCUUCAGACCCUAUGGAGGGCGACAGAACAGGGACACCAUGCACUUAAUAACAUCAAAGAAAAGGUCUGGAAUGAUUUCAGGGGUCCAAAAGAGUGAAGGAGAAGACAUUGAAUGGAGUGAUAAACUUCCAGAGCACUCCCGUCUAUCACAGGGACUCAAAGACCUCUUGACUCCUGUAUUGGCUGGCAUACUGGAAUCAGAACCAUCCAGUGCAAUGUCUUUUGAAGAAUUUUUUGCCAGGAUCCAGGACAUUUUAUCAAGAAAGGUCAUUGAUGUCUAUUCUGUACACUCAGCAUCUUUCCAUAAAAUCUACAUCAAGCAGGGUGACACGUUUGCAAAGUUCCAGGAGCUCAUAGCUGUACAGACAGGUGUGAGUGCAGCUCAGCAGAAGUUGUUCUUCAAGUAUGAUGAGUUCAAGCCAGAUCCCAUGGCUCCAUCCUCCUCAUAUCCCAUUACUUCUGAUGACAACCUUAUGGUGAUGAUUGGGGGAGAGUAUAUGUCUCCUGAUAGACUAUUACUUCAUAAAAUUCCCAAUCUUCUGCCCAUACCAGACGAAUUCACUAACUGUGAAUCUGAUUCAUCCAUGGCAAAGAUAAUGACAAAUCGUGCAUACUGCUGCAAGUAUGCUGCUCAACAGUACUUCAGAGCAACAAAAGCUAUGCUGGUGACAAUUGAAAGCAUCUUAAAAAAUCUCAAGAAAGAUAUGAUGCUGUAUGUGUCUUUUUGCAAACAAAUUGAAUCAGACUGGAUGUCCCUCAAGCAAAUCUCUGAAGUUUGCUGUAAUGGUCAAAGUCAUCUGAUCUGGGUAUUUGAGGCUCUCUUAUCAAAGCUUUCUGAGCCAGAAGAUGAUCUGCAAGUAAUUUGGGAAGACGUUCAAGACAUAAAGAAGUGGACAGACAUCAAAAGACAGAGUGAAGCCGAGUUGCGUAAGACAAACGAGGGAAUUGACAGAUUCAAGAGCUUGAUUUCUGAUGUGGUUGAGACAGACAGGUUUUACACUUUCUUGGAAACCUUCAGGAAGGAUGCAGAGGAUCAAACGUUUUCCAAUGUGGUUUCAACAUAUGCAACAAAUAUUGAAGAGAUUUACCAGAGCUUUAGGAAAGAUAAACAUCACACCAACCAAAACAGGAGGCUGUCAUAUGCUGAUGAACAGAGACACCUGUUUGACAGGAAGAAGCUUGUUUCCCUGUGCAGCAAGAUCACCAAAGUAACUGACGAGUCCCUGGGGGGGAGGAGUGAGCUGCAUGGAUCACUUGUUCACUGGCUCAAUGAGGUGAACCGGUGUUAUGAUGAGGCUGAGAACUUCCACGCUUCAUUUGUGGGUCAGACACAAGCCAAGGAUGCUUAUCUUCUUGCCUUGCAAGCGUUUCAAGAACAGUGCAAGGUGAAAUCCAAAGCCAUUGUUGAGAAGCUUCAAAAACUGAUUUCUUCUCCAAGUUCAGCUGCGGCAGAAGCCGUUCCAGCUCCAGUGAUUGAGAACGGACUUGCCGAGCCUGAGAUCAAUGGUAUCACACUGAAUCAACUGGGAAAUGAACUUGACACAUUGUCACUCAUUACAAAGGAAUCUGUACAAACAGCUCGGCAAAACACCCAGCAUAUUGAAAGUGUCGUUGGUAGCUUCAUAAAGCUUUAUUCGUCAAUCAACGAUCACUUGAUGAAAAACGUGGAACAAUUGCAAGAAACAAUGGCCGAAGAGAAACAGAACUGAUAAUGGUGGAUAGGUGUCGUGACCAAAAUGGAUACUCCAAAUAAGGUGUUUGAGAGAAUAGCUGUAAACCAAUGAGUGUGGUAUGAUGUAGAUCCCAAAUGUCCCAUAUAUGGUGUUCGAUCCCAGUAUCCUCUCGUUCACCUGGUAUUGGGGUAUAUAUUUUAGUCACGACAGUGGAGUAAUGAUAUGACAGUCGUCACGCAGCUGUUCUGUAAACCAGUGCUACCGCUGGUGUGUCAGAAUCGAGCUACCGAGCUGUCCUCGGUCCAGCCACAGGUCUACCAUGCUUGUUCAGCGCCACAGGCAACCUAAGUGAUGAGUUAAAAUCCAGCAUGCAUCUGCAGCAACUCAUGGCUUUGCCUCUGAACACCAUGGAACAUGAAGAGCAUUAUGGGUUAUCACCCGCGCGCUCAGAUCAAGGGCCUGGAACUGCGUCUGGGAGAAGCUUUAGUCAUUGCAUUGCGUUUUAUGUAAAACCAGUAUGGACCUACUGAAAAAUAACCAUAAACAGUUAAAAACAAACGAGGCUAUAUUGCUUUGAGAAAUCAAAACGGAAUGGAAACCUAAUGAACUCAACAUAGUGAACGUAGAAAGACUUGGGCAGAUUUCAAAGGAAUCGCAAAAACAUUUGGAUGUUUAAGCUAUCAAAGUCGAAUACGUUUCCAUUCUCACUUUAUUUAUCCCAGUUCUAAAUGGUGAUUUGUAUCUGUUGAGUCCUGUGCUACAAAAUUAAACUUAAGUUAGUUUCCAUUGGUGUAGGGAUGUAAAAAACUACUCAGAAACAUGCGAAAAUUAAUAGAAGACAGGACAUAUAUAAGAGUGUUAAGGCUAUUAUACAAGUCUUGCAGAACGUGUUAUCCAUGAUUUCAGUUUAAAGCCUUAGUGAUGAAAGUGUUUUCGUGAACUUAAAUGUUUCAUAGUUAGAUAUAGCUGAUGGAGCAGAGGUUAUAGUUGAAGUUUUGUUAAUAUUUUGAGGUAUGAAGUAAUGAUUAAUGUUAAAUUUCAUUCUCAGAGAAUUCCUCGUAGUUUGGGAAUAUGCGGUAUUUAGAUCAAUCAGAUUGCUAUGCAAUGUUGUGAAGUACAGCUGAACUGACUUUGUCAUUGAGUGUUUUUAGAAACACUCAUUUUAUACAUUAAGCAUUAUGAAAUAUGAUUAAGAAUUAAUUUAUAAUUUCUUAUAGUAUUAGUGGUAGCUUGAGUUGUUAAGGUAAACAUUUCAAAAAGUAGCUUAGAAGCUUGUUUAUAAUCAGUGUGGACAUGAUUUUUUAUCCUUCUAUUGUAGACCUUAAUAUUUCAACCGUGUGUCUUCAAAAAAAUAGAACCUGUUUUUCAAUAGUAACAGUGGUAGAUUUAGCUGUGUAGUAUUAAGGUUUGAAAAGUAGCUGAAGAUUUCGCUUAAAAUCAGUGUGGGCACGAUCGCUUAAUUUUUUUUCGUAUACCUUAUAUUAUAACCGUGUGUGUAAUUCAGUUCAUGAUAUAUUCGUUAUUAAGUAUUUACGAUUAAUUUGUAGUUGGAUGUGAACUGUGCCUCAAGAUCUAAUCAAGAAUGUUGGCUGGCCGUCAGCCAAUAGUCGCCCGAGUUUAACAAAGUCUACUGUUGGCUUGCUGUAAGCCAAUGUUUCAUAAUGAACUUGAAAACAGCAUUUGAAUUGUGGGCUGAGAAACACCUUGAAAUAACAGCUCGACAUCAAUAUUUUUCCCCUCUUGAAGCGGAAAUGAAAUAAGCAAAACUGAUUUUGGAGGCACAACUUAUGAUCAACAUCCGAGAUUCUUACGUUUGUAUUAAAAGCUUAAGUUUAACUGCGUUAAUAUUUACAGUUGAUAUUAUAUCGGUUUGUUUAACAUGUAGUUUAAGAACGUUUACAAUUCACAAGCAGAGUGAAUCAUACAAAAUAGCAAUAAAAAUUGCUUUAAAAAGCACAAGUGA